UGGUGUGUUGUGUUUCAGAGAGUGGAGCAGCUAACCGGUCACUGUGAGGAUGCUGUCAACCUUCUCCAGAGUACCAUCACUGGUCUGGAGUCUACUGCCCUGCCAACUACCGCUGAGGUAACUACCGUGUUAAACAACAAUCUACACAUUAGUUGGAGUCUACUGCCCUGCCAACUACCGCUGAGGUAACUACCGUGUUAAUACACACAUCUACACAUUAGUCUGGAGUCUACUGCCCUGCCAACUACCGCUGAGGUAACUACCGUGUUAAUACACACAUCUACACAUUAGUCUGGAGUCUACUGCCCUGCCAACUACCGCUGAGGUAAACUACCGUGUUAAUACACACAUCUACACAUUAGUCUGGAGUCUACUGCCCUGCCAACUACCGCUGAGGUAACUACCGUGUUAAUACACACAUCUACACAUUAGUCUGGAGUCUACUGCCCUGCCAACUACCGCUGAGGUAACUACCGUGUUAAUACACACAUCUACACAUUAGUCUGGAGUCAUGGGCCUGCCAAUACCGCUGAGGUAAACUACCGUGUUAAUACACACAUUACACAUUAGUUCGGAGUCUACUGCCCUGCCAACUACCGACUGAGGUAAACUACCGUGUAAUACACAAUUACACAUUAGUCUGGAGUCUACUGCCCUGCCAACUACGUGAGGAAACUACCGUGUUAAUAACACACAUCUACCAUAGUCUGGAGACUACUGCCCUCACUACCGCUGAGGUAACUACCGUGUAAUACACCAUCUACACAUUAGUCUGGAGUUACUGCCCUGCCAACUACCGCUGAGGUAACUACCGUGUUAAUACACAUAUUAGUCUGGAGCAGGGCUGUGGCAGUCAUGACAUUUUGUCAGCCGGUGAUUGUCAAGCAAAUAACGGUCUCACUGUAAUUGACCAUGAAUUAACAUAAACACAUUCAGCAUCUGCUAGCUUCCACACAUAGCCUAUAAGCCACUGAUGUAGACCUUUUGAAACAUCUACAUUUUAAAAAGUCUAAUAAAUCCAUAGCCUACACCAUCACAAUAAAUCACCAUUAUGUAUUUUAGACAGGUCUAAAGAAACAGGAAGAAAAUGUAGUCUAUUUCAGGCCUUGUUCUGGCUAUGCCAUAUGGCUGUGGGCUACACAAGUUCAUUUAGCAGACAAGAUUUGCUUAGAAUUUCGUGCCGUUAUUUAAUAUUAUUUUAUAGUAUGAAGAAUACUAUUGAACAAAGCUGAAUAAAAUAUAAAGGAUAUUUUCUCCAAAAGAUUUUAGGGAGUGCGCACAUGCGGCUAUUCUGUGUUGAGCGGUUAACAAAGAAACAGGUCCUCCUAUAUGCAUAAUUUAGAGUUUAUUUAUGCAACUUUAGUUGUGAUCAUAACAUACAGCCCAACGUUUGUAUGUUUAAUACAUUCCAAGGCUGCGUGGUGCGACUCUAAUGAUGAUUUGAAAAAAGUAGCUUUGUUUUUGGUGCAGGCUGUACACACUUCAUCAGUCUCUCAUUCACAAUUUGACAAUCACUUGAUAAUGCCUCGAAUUUCCCGGCUGCAUCCCCUUUGUGUGGCCAUAAUGCCCCCUAAAAUAAUCCAUGCCUUUUGCGGCCAGCGGCCGUUGUGCCCUUGGGCUGAAUAUAGUAAUUAUAAUUCCCUUCUCUCGGCUGCGUGCUCCGCACCACUCACUAACUUUUAAUCUUGUCUUUACAUAUACUAAAUAAUGUGUGAAAUUUGUUUUGGUAAACGCCCAGGCAACAUAGUUGAUCUGUUAUGAACGUAGAGCUUGUAUUUAGUUAGCUAGUUUCACCAAGAUAUGGAUGCAUUUUCUCCGGUACAGUUGUAGUGUCUUAAUUUGACCACCUUGUUGCAGGACAUUUAAAACUUGUAAUGUAUUUGAGGUUUAAAAGGCUUCUUCUCAAGUUUCCAAUUUCUGACUUGAUUUUCCCUUACGGAAAAUGUAUCAACCCCUACAAACAUUUUCAUUCAUUUUAAAAUACCAAAAAUAAUUCCAGUUCCCGGUUUUUGGGAAUUUUUCCCUGGCAAAACUCCCCAAAUUUAAACCUAACUGUUGGUCAACUAUUAGCUUUAAACCAAAUACCCAGGGGGUUACAUUUUCCCAAACCCAAAAGUCAUCCUCCUCCCCUCUCCAACCCCCUUCCUCUCUCCCCUUCUCUGCUCCUUCCUCCACCCUUCCCCUUUCCCCCCCUCCUCCUUUCUCCUUAUCCCCCCCCCCCCUCCUUUCCCCCCCCCUCCUCCUUCUCCUCUCUCUCUCCCCUCCUCCCUCCUCAGACCUAGCUCUCUCCCCUUUCCUUCUCCCUCCCUCCUCCGCUCCUGUCCUUCUCUGCUCUUCUCCUCCCUCUCCUCUCUCUCUCCUCUCUCCCCUCCUCCUAUCCCCUCUCAUGGCAUUGCUACCUCUCCUCCUCAAAAAUUUCCCCUUCCCUCUCGCCCCCUUCCCCUCUCUCUCCUCCCUACCCCCUUUUAACUAUCUCCUUCUAUCCUCAUUAAAAGGCCCCUCCAUAGUCCCCCUCCAAUCCCCUGCAAAUAGUCAUGCGCAGAGCCAACAAAACCUCUCCUAGACCCCUUUCCCUCCCCUUCCUCUCUCUAUGAUCCUCCCUCCCUCUUACCCCCUUUCUCCCCCGCUCUCCUCUCCUCUUCCCUCCUUUCUCUUCUCCUCCCUAUCGCCUUUUCCCUACUUCCUCUCCCUCUCUUCUCUGUGUCCGUCACAUACUUCCCUAUCUCAUACAUGCCUUAAACCCAUCCCCCUCUCGCUCUUUAACCCAUAACCCUUUAGCGCGGUCUGGGGAAACUUCUCACCUCCCACCCCCUCUUGCCUCCUUCCCCCCUAUUUCCUCCCCCUUUUCCCCCACUUCCCCCUCUCUCCUCUCUCCCUCUCUCUCCUUUCCUCUAACCACAGACCAGACCGUAAGUAUAUCUGCUGGCCUGGCAGUUCAUCUAAUCUGUGUGACUGGGCCUCAGCUAUUGCUCCAGAGGGGGCCAGGCUUUAUUACUGCCGUCUGUCUGAAGGAGGUGAUGGACUCAGGGAGAGGAGAAAGGAACCCCUAGGGAAUAUAUUUUACCAUGAUUCAUUUAGGCAGUAAGGCCUUGGACAGCUUGUAUUUCAUUUAGCUUUAAAUGGUCUUGACGAUGGGGCAUUGGUUGCUGUUUGCCCUGUCUUGGUUGCUGUGUAGAGAACCUCACAGUCGUGGUCAAAAGUUUUGAGAAUGACCCAAGUAUUGGUCUUCACAAAGUUUGCUGCUUCAGUGUUUUUAGAUAUUUUUGUCAGAUGUUACUAUGGUAUACUGAAGUAUCUCCCGAGUGGCGCAGUGGUCUAAGGAAAAAAGGCUGUGCCACUAGAGAUCCUGGUUCGAAUCCAGGCUCUGUAGUAGCCGGCCGCGACCGGGAGACCCAUGGGGCGGCGCACAAUUGGCCCAGCGUCGUCUAGGGGAGGGAAUGGCCGGCAGGGAUGUAGCUCAGUUGGUAGAGCAUGGCGUUUGCAACGCCAGGGUUGUGGGUUCGAUUCCCACGGGGGGCCAGUAUGAAAAAACAAAAUAUAUAAAAAAUGUAUGCACUCACUAACUGUAAGUCGCUCUGGAUAAGAGCGUCUGCUAAAUGACUAAAAUGUAAAUGUAUAAUUACAAGCAUUCCAUAAGUGUCAAAGGCUUUUAUUGACAAUUACAUUAAGUUUAUGCAAAGAGUCAAUAUAUGCAGUGUUGACCCUUCUUUUUCAAGACCUCUGCAAUCCGCCCUGGCAUGCUGUCAAUUAACUUCUGGGCCACAUCCUGACUGAUGGCAGCCCAUUCUUGCAUAAUCAAUGCUUGGAGUUUGUCAGAAUUUGUGGGUUUUUGUUUGUCCACCCGCCUCUUGAGGAUUGACCACAAGUUCUCAAUGGGAUUAAGGUCUGGGGAGUUUCCUGGCCAUGGACCCAAAAUGUCGAUGUUUUGUUCCCCGAGCCACUUAGUUAUCACUUUUGCCUUAUGGCAAGGUGCUCCAUCAUGCUGGAAAAGGCAUUGUUCGUCACCAAACUGUUCUUGGUUGGUUGGGAGAAGUUGCUCUCGGAGGAUGUGUUGGUACCAUUCUUUAUUCAUGGCUGUGUUCUUAGGCAAAAUUGUGAGUGAGCCCACUCCCUUGGCUGAGAAGCAACCCCACACAUGAAUGGUGUCAGGAUGCUUUACUGUUGGCAUGACAAAGGACUGAUGGUAGCGCUCACCUUGUCUUCUCCGGACAAGCUUUUUUCCGGAUGCCCCAAACAAUCGGAAAGGGGAUUCAUCAGAGAAAAUGACUUUACCCCAGUCCUCAGCAGUCCAAUCCCUGUACCUUUUGCAGAAUAUCAGUCUGUCCCUGAUGUUUUUCCUGGAGAGAAGUGGCUUCCUCGCUGCCCUUCUUGAGACCAGGUCAUCCUCCAAAAGUCUUCGCCUCACUGUGUGUGCAGAUGCACUCACACCUGCCUGCUGCCAUUCCUGAGCAAGCUCUGCACUGGUGGUGCCCCGAUCCCGCAGCUGAAUCAACUUUAGGAGACGGUCCUGGCACUUGCUGGACUUUCUUGGGCGCCCUGAAUCCUUCUUCACAACAAUUGAACCUCUCUCCUUGAAGUUCUUGAUGAUCCGAUAAAUGGUUGAUUUAGGUGCAAUCUUACUAGCAGCAAUAUCCUUGCCUGUGAAGCCCUUUUUGUGCAAAGCAAUGAUGACAGCACGUGUUUCCUUGCAGGUAACCAUGGUUAACAGAGGAAGAACAAUGAUUUCAAGCUCCACCCUCCUUUUAAAGCUCCCAGUCUGUUAUUCUAACUCAAUCAGCAUGACAGAGUGAUCUCCAGCCUUGUCCUCGUCAACACUCUCACCUGUGUUAACGAGAGAAUCACUGACAUGAUGGCAGCUGGUCAUUUUGUGGCAGGGCUGAAAUGCAGUGGAAAAGUUUUUUGGGGAUUAAGUUCAUUUUCAUGGCAAAGAGAGACUUUGCAAUUAAUUGCAAUUCAUCUGAUCACUCUUCAUAACAUUCUGGAGUAUAUGAAAAUUGCCAUCAUAAAAACUGAGGCAGCAGACUUUGAGAAAAUUAAUAUUUGUGUCAUUCUCAAAACCUUUGACCACGACUGUAGUCAGGAGACUUAGUCAGGAUUGUGACACACUGAUCUAUAUAGAUGUAGGGUGUGUCUUGGCCUCGGUAGCUCUCUCUCUGCAUCUGGUUUUCAGGGGAAAUGGAAGAGAGCCUGUGAUGCAACUUCCGCUUUUGGCCGUUAACAAGGUGAUACUCCAUCUUAACUCCUCCAUUUACUGAAUUGGUUGAACAGAAGAGAACCUCCCCCGAUAGGUUUUGGUUGUGUUCUCAUCAGGACCAGAAUGUGGGGCAUCCUGCUCAGGUGUUUCUUUUACGCCUGCUACCUUAGGUUUAUCAAGACCUGUCCUCCCAUACAACAGUCCCUUCCUCUCUACCAACCAUCCUCCUCUCUCUACCAUCCGAAGCCGAUGUGAGAUCGCGGGGUCUGCAGUGGUUACUCUCUCAUUCUCCAUCAAAGCGGCCUCCAGAAGAGAGCCCUAGGACAAGGCACAUGACGUCCUGCUGCUACGGAAGAGAGAGUAACGACAGCAGAGGAGAAGAACGCAAUAGGCCGCCGUGAGACUACGCGCGAACCGUGGAUCAGCGCGAGAGUCCUAGAGGGAGAGCGAGCAGCGGGCUACGAGAGGCGUAGCGACUGAGAAGAGCACGAAGGGCGACGCCUCAGGCGAAUGCUCUAAGCAGCAAGAAGCGCUCAGUCGAUGCCUACGCGCAAGAACUCCGGCCAGACGUCUCAGCUACCCGCGUCUCCGCUCCUCGCCUCUCCUCUCCUCCCGUCUCCCUCUCACUCUUCCACUCCCUCCCCUCCCUCCCCUCCCCUCCCUUCCCUCUCCUCUCCUCUCCUCUCCUCUCCUACUACUCUUCUCCUCUUCAUCAAUUCAUCUCUUUCCCUUCUAUUUUUCUUCCUCUCUAUUCCUCCUCGUGGCGUACAGAGAGAGACCUUCAGCCAACACACACACACACACACACACACACACACACACACAUUGCGUCCAGAGGCUGAGCCCCAGAAAAACAAACCUGUGUUAAACACUUAAGAUCAACUGCAAGCGUUCAUGUCUCCUCCCAGUCUCAGUGAUUUGAGCUAUUUGUCUUCUUGACUUCACAUACAUUCCACAGACAUGUUGCAAUGAUAAUAAUGAUCCCUUUCUCUCAACCACACAGCAUAUCUCUGUUAGCAUAUUAUUCCCAUGUGCUGGCAUAUUGAUCAAGUAACACGUCACUGUUGUUUACCAGCUGUCUCAACCACCUGUUCUCUGAACUAAAGACGUGGUGUUGUUUAUCACAGAGUGUCAAACAUGGGGCACAAAUACAGUGCAAAAAUGUUUGUUAGCUGUACAGUACGCCACUUUGGAUAGUCCACCUAAUCCCUGUGCCUGUAUCAAGCUCCAAUAUCUGUUGAAUCAUGAAUUACUCAAUUGAAUGGAGGGAAGUGAAUCAUAGUGGUUUCCUUUCCUUACUUUGACAGCUUUAUCUGUAGAACAAUAGUCCAAUAUAUUCCUAACUACAUUGUUUUACCUGCUAUCACAUGACUCAACUGUAUCUGAGUAACAGUGAGCCAACAGAAUGUGUUCAGCCGCUAUCAAGGACAUAUCCUGGUUCUGUCCUGGGGUCACUAGACUGGUACUGUCCAGUAUGGUUCUGUCCUGGGGUCACUAGACUGGUACUGUCCAGUAUGGUUCUGUCCUGGGGUCACUAGACUGGUAACUGUCCAGUAUGGUUCUGUCGCUGGGACACUGUCAUAUGGUUCGGUCCUGGGUACUGUACAGUCCAUUGGUUCUGUCCUGGGGGUCACGUAGACUGGUACUGUCCAGUAUGGUUCUGUCCUGGGGUCACUAGACUGGUACUGUCCAGUAUGGUUCUGUCCUGGGGUCACUAGACUGGUACUGUCCAGUAUGGUUCUGUCCUGGGGUACUAGACUGGUACUGUACAGUAUGGUUCUGUCCUGGGGUCACUAGACUGGUACUGUCCAGUAUGGUUCUGUCCUGGGGUCACUAGACUGGUACUGUCCAGUAUGGUUCUGUCCUGGGGUCACUAGACUGGUACUGUCCAGUAUGGUUCUGUCCUGGGGUCACUAGACUGGUACUGUCCAGUAUGGUUCUGUCCUGGUCCUGGGGUCACUAGACUGGUACUGUCCAGUAUGGUUCUGUCCUGGGGUCCACUAGACUGGUACUGUCCAGUAUGGUUCUGUCCUGGGGUCACUAGACUGGUACUGUCCAGUAUGGUUCUGUCCUGGGGUCACUAGACUGGUACUGUCCAGUAUGGUUCUGUCCUGGGUCACUAGACGGUACGGUAGGUAGCGUCCUGCCUGGGUGGGAACUUAGUGUACAGCCAGUAUUUCUGCCUCCUGGGUUUGAACUGGACUGUCGCAUAUGGUCUGUCGGGUUCAUAUAACUGGUAGUCCAGUAGGUUCUGUCCUUGUGGGCAUAGACUGGUAUGUCCAGUAUGUUAUGUUGGGUCUAACUUCUGUCAGUGGUUGUCCUGGGGACACUAGACUGGUACUGUACAGUAUGGUUCUGUCCUGGGGUCACUAGACUGGUACUGUCCAGUAUGGUUCUGUCCUGGGGUCCGAUACUAGACUGGUACUGUCCAGUAUGGUUCUGUCCUGGUCCUGGGGUCACUAGACUGGUACUGUCCAGUAUGGUUCUGUCCUGGGGUCACUAGACUGGUACUGUCCAGUAUGGUUCUGUCCUGGGGUUACUAGACUGGUACUGUACAGUAUGGUUCUGUCCUGGGGUUACUAGACUGGUACUGUCCAGUAUGGUUCUGUCGUGUGUCCACACUCCGCCUCCAGGUAGAAUAAGCCCUCCCUCCCUGGUAGGGAAGCUGUAGUCUACAGCCAGUAUUUAACCCAGGUGUAACCUGGACUAGUCAGAACUCAUCUGGUCUGGGAGAUUUCUGAGUUAUCAAUUACAGGAGAUAUCAGGAGAGUCUAAUGAAGACAUCCUCUAAUGUGGGCCUAUUCAUCUUGCUAUUGCUCACACUAAAAUAUGAAAUUGAAAUGUGGUGCAACUCUUCAGGUGUAAAACACACCCUGGCCUGCCUGCCUGCCUGCCUGCCUGCCUGCCUGCCUGCCUGCCUGCCUGCCUGCCUGCCUGUCCUGUCUGUCUGUCUGUCUGUCUGUCUGUCUGUCUGUCUGUCUGUCUGUCUGGUGAGGGAGAGUCAGGGAGAGCCUGUCUGUCUGUCUGUCUGUCUGUCUGGCGAGGGAGACAUGACAUGAUGAUUAACAGGUCAUAUCUGAUGUCAUGUUUAGGAAGGGUAUGAUGUGUGUUGUAUUUAGAAGAGAUCUUCCUAUGUGGCGUAAUCAUCGUAUUAUUGCUUAACAGUUUUUGUGUGUUUCUCCCAUAUCAACAGCACAUUGAGCGGUCUGGUAGAGUUGAAUUACAGGACGGGAGAUGUCAUGUUUAGGAAGGGUGUUUGGUGUAUGUGGAAGAGUUCUGUCAACCCCCCCCUCUCUCUCUCUCUCUCCCCCAGGAGGCCCAGGUGUUACUCGCCAGGUACAGGGGUGUGAUGGGUAGCGUCCUGGAGGACACCCGAUUGGCUAGACUACAGCUGGAGGGUCGGAGUUCCAACUCUGCUGGCCCCGCCUCCGCCAAAGAUGGCAAACCAGUGUCAGCCUCAUGACCGACUAGCAGGUCAUGAUUGCAGUCAUUAAACCCAUUGGUCAGCCUCACUGACGACUACAGGUAAUGAUUCAGUCAUUAAACCAAGUGUUAAGCCUCACUUGACGACUACAGUAAGAUUCAGUUCAAUUAAACCAGUGUCAGCCUCCACUGACGACUACAUGGGUAAUGAUUUCAUCUCAUUAAACCAGGUUCAGUUCUCACCGACGACUACCAGGUAA